AUGGCUCCGAAAGCUAGUAGAGGAAAACCUCAUAAGGUGAAAGGAGACAAGAAAAAGAAGGAAGAGAAAGCAUUACCAACGGUUAUAGAGAUAGCAAUAGAAACGCCUGAUGAGGUUCGAUUGACGCUUAAGGUACGUGGCCCAAGGCUAAAAGAUACCGUCGAGAUUCUUUCUUUAAAGCCCUCCAACUUAACGAUCAUUCAAGAAAAUUACACGUCAGCUUCUGCCGUGGCACAUGUCCGGCGGCUUCUCGAUAUCGUCGCUUGCACCACCGCGUUCGGCGCACCUCCUUCUCGUACUACCGACGGAGAGAAUGAUGUGGCAGAUCUGUUGGAAAAAGGUGACGUGGCGGCGGCGGAGAUGUAUCCACCGCCGAAGCUUGGACAGUUUUAUGAUUUCUUCUCGUUCUCUCAUCUCACUCCGCCGAUUCAAUAUAUCAGGAGAUCGGGUCGACCGUUCAUCGACUAUGAACAAGAAAAUGAUUUUUUCCAAAUUGAUGUACGGGUUUCUGGUGGGAAGCCAAUAACAAUAGUUGCUUCGAGGAAAGGUUUUUAUUUGGCUGGAAGACGUAAUGUUUUGUGUCAUUCUUUAGUUGGACUGUUGCAGCAGAUAAGCCGUAUAUUUGAUUGUGCAUAUAAAGCUUUUAUGAAGGCGUUCAUUGACCACAAUAAGUUUGGAAAUCUUCCUUAUGGGUUUCAAGCCAACACUUGGGUUGUACCUCCAGUUGUUGCAGACCAACCAUCUAUAUUCCCACCACUACCCGUAGAAGACGAAAAUUGGGGAGGAAAUGGUGGUGGGCAAGGAAGAGAUGGCAAACAUGAUCAUAGGCAGUGGGCAAAGGAAUUUUCAAUUUUGGCAGCAAUGCCUUGCAAAACAUCAGAAGAGAGGCAAGUUAGAGACAGGAAAGCUUUUCUACUUCACAGUCUAUUUGUCGAUAUAUCGGUGUUAAAAUCUGUUGCAGCCAUUAAGCGUCUUGCUGAAAGUGGCAAAUGCUCCCCUAAUGGCUCGAUCGAUUCAUUUUUGCAUGAAGAGAAAAUUGGAGAUCUGGUUAUUAGGGUCACUAGAGAUGUGGCUGAUGCAAGCACUAAGUUGGAUGCUAAAAAUGACAGAAGUCAUGUUUUAGGAUUGUCAAAUGAGGAGCUUGUUAAGAGAAACCUGCUUAAAGGCAUAACUGCAGACGAGAGUGCAACAGUUCAUGAUACUCCUACUUUAGGUGUAGUGGUUGUUAGGCACUGCGGUUAUACUGCUGUUGUGAAAGUUGAAGCUGAGGUAAAGUGCAAUGGAAAACCUAUUGCCAAUGAUAUUGACAUUGAGGACCAACCGGACGGGGGUGCGAAUGCUUUGAAUGUAAAUAGUUUAAGAAUGUUAUUGCACAAAACGCCUACGGCACAAUCAUCCAGUGCAGCUCAACGAGUGCAGAGUGCUGUUGCUGAAGAUUAUCACUCUGCUAAUACUUUAGUAAGGAGAGUGCUGGAGAAAAGUUUGCAGAAAAUGAAGGCAGAAUCCUCUAAAUUUACAAAUUCUAUCAGAUGGGAACUUGGAGCAUGUUGGGUACAACAUUUACAAAAUCAGGAAUCCUCGAAAUCCAAUUCUAAGAAAGAUGAAGAAGGUAAAGUAGAACUGGAUGUGAAGGGUUUAGGGAAGGGAUUACUGAAGGGAAUCAAUAAACAAUUUGAUGAUAAGAGAACCAAAUCUGAGAAGGAGGUUGCUGCAAGCAAUGGCUCUGAUUCAUUCAACAGUUCAGAUAAAAAAGAGAUUGCAAUGUUGGAUGACAACCAGGAAAUUUUGUGGAAAAAUCUGCUUCCUGAAGCAGCAUAUUUGCGCCUUAAAGAUUCAGGCACCGGUCUCCACCUUAAGUCACCUGAUGAGUUGAUUGAGAUGGCACAUAAGUUUUAUGAUGAAAUAGCCCUCCCAAAGUUGGUGGCUGAUUUUGGAUCCCUUGAACUUUCACCUGUUGACGGGAGAACAUUGACAGAUUUCAUGCACACAAGGGGGUUGCGUAUGUGCUCCUUGGGGAGACUGGUCGAACUUUCAGACAAGCUCCCUCAUGUGCAGUCACUAUGCAUACAUGAGAUGGUUGUUAGAGUUUACAAACACAUCUUGCAAGCUGUUAUAGCUGCAGUCGAUGAUAUAGCUGAUUUAUCCCAGUCAAUAUCAUCAUGUUUAAAUGUAUUAUUAGGAACACCCCAUACAAAUGACGAUGACUUAAAAUGGAACUGGGUUGAAUCCUUUUUGUCAAAGAGAUUUGUUUAUCAACUGAAUAAUGAAUAUCGUAGCACUCUUCGUAAGUUUUCCAUUCUUCGAGGGCUUUGCCACAAGGUUGGGCUCGAGCUUGUUCCUAAAGACUAUGAUAUGGACUCUGCAUACCCUUUUAAGAAGGCAGAUAUUAUAAGCAUGGUUCCUGUGUAUAAGCAUGUUGCUUGCUCUUCUGCUGAUGGGCGUACACUUUUGGAGUCAUCUAAAACAUCAUUAGAUAAAGGCAAGCUUGAAGACGCUGUCAAUUACGGAACAAAAGCACUCGCGAAACUUGUAUUCGUCUGUGGUCCUUACCACCGAAUGACAGCAGGUGCAUAUAGUCUGCUGGCUGUGGUUCUCUAUCAUACUGGUGAUUUUAAUCAGGCUACUAUCUAUCAACAAAAAGCUUUGGAUAUUAAUGAGAGGGAACUUGGACUCGAUCAUCCAGAUACAAUGAAGAGUUACAGAGAUCUAGCUGUUUUCUACUAUCGUCUCCAACACACAGAGCUGGCUCUCAAGUAUGUGAAUCGUGCACUGUAUCUGUUGCAUUUAACAUGUGGGCCUUCUCAUCCAAAUACUGCCGCCACCUACAUCAAUGUAGCAAUGAUGGAAGAAGGUUUAGGGAAGCUUCAUGUUGCUCUUAGAUACCUUCAUGAGGCUCUCAAGUGUAAUAAAAGACUCCUUGGAGCAGACCACGUUCAAACUGCUGCUAGCUAUCAUGCCAUAGCAAUUGCUCUUUCCUUGUUGGAAGCAUACUCCUUGAGCGUUCAGCAUGAGCAAACAACUUUGCAGAUUCUUGAGGCUAAACUAGGAUCUGAAGAUCUACGUACCCAGGACGCAGCUGCAUGGCUUGAAUACUUCGAGUCCAAAGCUCUGGAACAGAAAGAAGCCGCGCGCAAUGGUACCCCAAAGCCCGAUGCUUCUAUAUCUAGUAAAGGCCAUUUGAGUGUGUCAGACUUAUUGGAUUAUAUAGCCCCAGAUGCUGAUUUGAAAGCAAGAGAUUUCCAAAGAAAACAAGCACGUGCAAAACUUAUUAAAGGAAAAGCAGGACAGAGUGAUGAACCAUUGAUCAAUGAACCUCAAAAGGAUGAGGUUUUAUCACCAAUCCAGCAUACUAGAAAGAAUUCUAGUGAUAAAGAAAACAAAUCUGAAUCCCAAAAUUCAGACCUGGUGCAUAAAAAAACCAACUUAAUUCAACCUGAACCGAUCCAAAGGGAACAAAAUGGGGACCUACCAGAGUCUUACAACUCUGAAGGAUGGCAAGAAGCUUUCUCUAAAGCAGGUCGUAAAUCUUCAACUUCAAGGAGAACAGAUCUGGCAAAAUUACACACAAAAUUUAUGAACGUUUCUCAGUUAUCAACGUACCGAGCAAAACACACUACUUUCACUUCUCCCAAAUCAAAUCUAAGUGAGUCUGCUGCUUCUGCAAGUCUUUCUCCUGCUGUUACUAAAAAAGUAGUUACAAGAACGGCCUUAAAUGAUCAGACCAUGAAGCGUUCUCCAGUAAUAAGUUCAAUAAGCGUUAAGGAAGCCGGAAAACUUUUUCAAUAUAAGGAAGUUGCAUUAGCUGCACCUGGUAGCAUUGUCAAGGCUGUGGUUGGACAAUUGCCUAGAGAAAGUUCUCCACUGACCAUAAAUCAGAUUUCAACAGGAAAACAUAAAGAAAAAGAUGAAGUUCGGUUGUCAGAUGAACCCCAGACAGCGAUUGGUGAACAGAAGGAGAAACCAGAAGUCAAAAUAGUAAUAGAAAAAGAAAGUGGUGCGAAUCUUGAAUCGUCCAUAAGUGCGAAUGAUGAAAUUUCAGAAAUCACGGAAGAUUCAGCUGAAAGUGUUGUGUUUGUUCAAGAAAUGGUGACAGAUGAAGAUAAAAAAACACUUCAUGACGGGGAUGGUGAAGUUCAAAGCUCUGAAAGUGCGAAAGAGCUGAAAAAGAAAUUAUCUGCUGAAGCUCCACCAUUUAAUCCAUCCAACAUACCGGUUUUUGGUUCAGUUUCAAUGUCAAUGAUAGAUAAUGUGGUACCGCCCCCAGUAAACAUACCUACGGGUGUAACUGUCAACCCGGUUCGUAGAAAUCCACAUCAAUCUGCAACAGCCAGGGUCCCAUAUGGUCCACGUCUUGCAGCCGGGUAUAAUCGAUCUGUGAACCGAGUCCAUCAGAACAAGCCUACAUUCCAUAGUGGUGGUGAGCUUGUUGUAGAUAUGGGUCUUUUAAGUUAUCCAGUUGUCAUGAACCCACAUGCAGCUGAGUUCGUUCCAGGCCAACCAUGGGUGCCCAAUGGGUAUGCAGUUGCUCCUAAUGGUUAUAUGGUGACGUCAAAUGGGUACCCUAUUGGUCCCAACGGUUACCCAGUUCCCACAAAUGGGUUUCCAGCUGGUCAAAAUGGGUACCAUGCAUCUCCCGUUGACUCACCAGCCUCAAUUGAUUCUCCAUCACCUCUUACUCAGGACGUUGCUACUCAAACUCCAUGCAAUGAAACAGUUUUGGAGAAUGUUGAGCAACCUGCUGAAGAAAUUCAGUCUGCAAAUGACAAAAAGGAUACUAAAACUAGAAAUGACAAAAACAUCGCUGAGAAGAUUAUAGUUUUGGAAGAAAAGGAUACCAAAGCAGAGGUUGUUGAUGGUGCGGUGUAAAUUGUUAAAAGUUAAACACUAGCAUGUCAAUAAAUUUUUUUAAAAUGGUUCAUAGAUUGCUUGGAAGCUGUGCAUCUAUUAUGUGAUACAUCAUCAGAGGCUCAAAAACAGGAUUUUCCCUUUCACUUGCUGUAUGCUAACAAACUUGAGCGAAAAAUGCUAGAAAACGGUAUGAAGAUGUCAAUUCAAAAGACUAUUGUUCCAUUAGUUUUCUUCUCAGUAUUUCAAUUUUUGCUAGAUUUUUUGUAAUUUGACGAUAAGACCUGCAAUGAAAUUAAUAAUUGCUUUGUGUUUCUUUUAA